AUGCUUCUUUCAAACAGAUUGGCAACUGCUUUUGCAUUCCUGAAUUUACUGAAUUCAUCAGUCAUCGUUGGAGCAUUUCAAGCCGAAGAGGUAUCUUUUCAGGCGGCUGCCUCGGUGAAAGCUGACCCCACGAGUCCUUGCGGGCUUUAUCAGAUUGUAGCUGCUCGCGGUACUAAUGAGGCUCAAAGCGGCUCACCCACCUAUGCGAAUUUGAUAAACAUAAUAGAAACCACUAUACCCGGAGGGUCUAACGUAGAAAUUGACUACUCAGCGAUCAUGGAAUAUGUUACGAGUCCGAUAAAAGGAGCUGCUGCUGGUGCUGCAUAUUUAUCUGAUCAAAUGGUCAAGUGUCCGGAUCAAAAAUAUGUUUUUGUCGGUUAUUCCAAAGGGGCUAUGGUCAUUUCACAGCUUAUGAAAGAACUUCCGAUAAGCGCGGACAAAGUUGUGGCCAUUGUCCUGUUCGGUAACCCUUUCCACACUCCAAACGCACCACAAAACCGAUGCUCGGGGUCUGGCGGGAGCGGGUUGGCUUCGUACUUCGCACCACCCAUCCCCUCACAAUAUGUCUCGCUAACCUACGAUUGCUGCAUCUUGUGGGACAUGGUUUGCCAGACUAUCGGGACUGUUUUCAAUCACUUGAAAUACCGUGGCUCGCAAGAUGAAAAGAACGCAGCUGCGUUUGUGGUCUCUCAACUUCGCAGAAAGCUAGGACGAAUGUAUAAGUAA